CAAGCCAUAGGGCUAGGUUUUUCUGCGGUUUUAACCGCGGCAGUGAGCAGGGGCAUGGGUGGCUGGGACAGGUCCCGCUCACCACGGAAGCAAGGGAAGCUACAGUGGAUUUCGAAACAGAUAGCCCUUAUUGGCCGGUACGCUCAGAACAGGCCACCAAACCUUGAAGUGGAUCAUCAAGGAUGCCUCACCCUGCAGAAUUUGAUGGACACCUGGGGCCAGGAUAAGGGUGUGAGCAAAGAAGAUAUUGUGGCAGCUGUGGAGCAGAACCUGGUCAACGAGCGUACCGGCGGUUCACGCUUCAAGAUGCAUUAUGAUCAAAGAAUUGGUGACACCGUGAUUCAAGUCCAUCGCUCUGGAGGAGAAUGGCCGAGAGACAACGGCAAGACCACAACAACGUGGUCGACAUGCACCUGGAAUAGCGGGAAGAAUAAUGGCGCGAAGACUUGGGAUGACAGGUCGCAGGUGAAACAAGAGACGAACAGCUGGAAAUCUGAACAGACUUCCUCUUGGAAGUGGGCAGACAACUCGUACAAGAACGACAACAAUAAUACCUACCGAGAGAAUUGGACCAAGGAAGAGCCCAAGACAGACUGGACCCAAAACCGCGGAAAUGCUGCUGGAUGGCGAUUGCAGGGGUCACAAACAAGCGGCUCAUCAUCUCAGGGGUGGCAAAAGCACGGCAAAGGUCACUCCCAGGACAUGACCGAGCAAAUCCAGAGAUAUAUGGGCUUCCUCUUGAAAGGUGGCAAGGAGGACGGAGUUCAAGCAGAUUGGGACGGAUACGCGUAUUUAUCAGACAUGGUCACAGCUAUGCAAAACAGGAAACCUGAGUUUAACAUCAACGAUGUGGAGUCGUUGAAGCAGUUCCUUCAGGAUACAGACCAUGAAGGGCGUUUCACCGUGGACGAACAGGAUCGGGUGAAAAAGAUUGACCGCAAUGAGCGGCAUGGAAACGGAGAACACUGGAAAGGAGGCAAGACGAAUUCGACGAAUUCUUAUGCAACUCCUGCACCGGAGAGAAGGCCAUCUCAAGCGCAACCUGCCCAGUUCAAUGCCUUCAAGCCAACUCCUGCAUAUGCCACAAUGCACAAGAAGGAAGAGGCAGACUAUGGGGAUGAUGAUGAUGAUGGCCAGGCCACCCCAGGCGUAUCAGAUGUCAAGGUCAAGCAGGACCCUGACAAACCGAAAAAACCGCCUGGAAAGCAUUGGACCCAGUAUGAUGACAACACCACGAUAUGGUGGUACUACGAAGGUCCAAAAGGCAUUUGGUGGAUGGGGCCGGAGCAUUCGGAGCCUCAACCCUACACAAGUGGAGAAGCUGGCCCUGGUGAUGAUGCGGCCUGAGGAAUUUCCAUUGCUCCAGGCUCCAGGUAUGAGUAAAUGGCCGAGGCGAAUGAUAUG